AUGCAUGAGCAAGGUUAUGAUCCAGAGAUGUUUAAAGAGCUCUACACUGCCACAGACGUAUCGCUGCAGGCCACUAAAGUCACUGCACAGGCCAUUGGCAAAUCAUUGGACAAUCUGGUGGUCCUGGAUUGUCACAUCUGGCUGACCCUCACAGAAAUGCGUGACGUGGAAAAAGCCACCCUCUUUGAUGCUCUGGUGUCUACAGCUGGCCUAUUUGGCAGCUCUGUGGAUGGGUUUGCUGAGCGCUACGUCACGGCUCAGCAAGACUCACAGGCUAUGAGACAUUUUAUGCAAACCGGAGCGGUAAACCCGAUUGCCAUUGCGCAAAGUUUCCUCAUCAGUAUGUCCUGCGAGGCCAACGCGCAACACUGGCCAAGGACUGCUGUUCUGCUCUUGGGAUUGCUCCUAGUUGGGAUCGUGUGCUCCAAUCCGCUUCCAAAUAGGACUAAUAGUACAACUUCAUUGGAGAAGCGAUGGGAUAGCCUCUUCUCCCGCUCCGUGCUGGGAAUCUCUGGAGAGAAACCAGAGGCGAACUGGGAGAAUGACUAUUUGCUGGGGAUCAAAAGAGUGCGGAGGUUGUACUGCAAUGUAGGCAUCGGGUUUCAUCUUCAGGUCCUCCCUGAUAGCAGGAUAAGCGGGGUUCAUAAUGAGAACCAGUACAGUCUCAUUGAGAUUUCCACUGUGUCCAGAGGGGUGGUUAGCCUGUACGGUGUGAAAAGCAAGCUGUUUGUCGCAAUGAAUAGCCGAGGAAGGUUGUAUGGAACGGCUACUUUUAAAGAUGAAUGCAAGUUCAAGGAGACCCUGCUGCCAAAUAACUACAAUGCCUACGAGUCCUCUGUUUACAAUGGAUUCUAUGUCUCUCUCAGCAAACAUGGCCGAGUGAAGAGAGGCAACAAGGCCACCACGGCCAUGACGGUCACCCACUUCCUCCCUCGAAUAUGA